AUGGACCACUCUGUACCCGCACAGGAGCUCGGCUUGUUGUCCAACCUGGAUGCUUCGCUGCAGUCCCACGUCGUAGGGGCACAUCCGCUAUUCAGCUUGCCGCUCCACUUCUUUUCAUCCACCCUCAAUCAGCUUCAGCAUCGUCCGACGCUUGCCAAGCUUUGCGACAACAAGGAAGGAUGGGGUCCUGUCUCUCAGCAGCGUGACCUCGAUUUCACCCCUUGCUUCCAGGAAGCUGCAUUUUGGUCCGCACCUGUCUUUCUCCUUGCCAUCUUUGGCGGUGCUUCCCUUGCCAUCCUCUCGCGACAGCAGACAAGACAGCUUACGCGCACCUCUCGCGCUGUUCUUUGGGCUAAGCAUGCCGUCGUCGCGAUCCUUACCGUUACCGCUGGCUUUCAGGCUUUCGUCUCGUACGGCCUUUUGGCCCAACCAGGCGAUUCGAUCUUCUUCUGGUCCUCCCUGGCAGGCGUGUUGGGCUACGUUCUAGUUUUACUGCUCCAAGAAUUCAACCAUACACGCUCCCGCCGCAGCUCGGACGCGCUGCUCUUCUUCUGGUUGGCACACCUACUUGCUUCUAUCGUCAAGAUUCGCACCUCGCUCACACGACCAUCACUGCCUAUCAAGGAUCAACAGAUCACCUUUGUUCCCCUGGUUCUGCGCUUCGUCUUCGGGCUGAUCGCCCUCGCUCUUGAGUCCGCCGGUGUCGAGCUUGGCUCGGACGACAAGCACGGUCACAAGCGUGCUUCCUUCAGCCAAUCUCGCACCAACGGUAACGGCAACGUCAACCGUAAUGGCUACCACGCCGUCCCCGCGGACACAAACGGCAGUGCCUUCAGCGUCUUCUCCGAUGCCGAUGAGGAAGCCAACCCUGCGACAGCCGACUCGACCGACUCUGGCAAGGAAUGCCCCAUUGUCACUGCCAACAUCUUCAGUCGCAUCACUUUCCACUGGAUGCAGCCGCUCAUGACCCUCGGUGCAAAGAAGUUUGUCACCGAAGAUGACAUGUGGGCGCUCCCCGCCAACGAGGACGCUGAAAACCUUGGCCGCCGCUUCGACAAGUUCUGGAAGCAGACCAAGGAUAAGCACAUGGGCAAACCUGCCUUCUGGACCACACUCGCCUACGCAUACGGUGGACCUUUCCUAUUUGCUGCGAUUCUUAAGUCGGCACAAGAUAUGCUUGCCUUUGUCUCACCCCAAAUCCUGCGCAAGCUGCUUCAGUUCGUGCAGAGCUACGACAGCGCCGACCCCAAUCAGAGCCCAAUGCAGGGCUACCUUCUCUCUGCCGCUCUCUUCUGUGUCGCCGUCAUCCAGACUUCGUUCCUUCACCAGUACUUUCAGCUCGUCUUCGUCACAGGUAUGCGCGUGCGUGCCGGUCUCGUCAGCGCCAUCUUCAAAAAGAGUCUUCGUCUCUCCAACGAAGACCGCAGUGGCAGAGCCACCGGUGACAUUGUAAAUCUCAUGUCGGUUGACGCGACUCGACUGCAGGACCUCUGCACCUACGGCCAUAUCGCCUGGUCCGCAAUAUUCCAGAUGACGCUUGCCUUUGUCUCGCUCUAUAACCUGCUUGGCUGGCCCUCGUUUGUGGGUGUCGCCAUCAUGGUGGUCAGCGUUCCGCUCAACACUGCGCUGGCCCGUUACCUGCGUCGCCUCAGCGAAAAGCAGAUGAAGGUCAAGGACAAGCGAACACGCCUCAUGAACGAGAUUCUGACCAACAUCAAGUCCAUCAAGCUGUUUGCCUGGGAGGAGGCUUUCACUCGCAAACUCUUCAAGGUGCGCAACGACGAGGAGCUCAAGUUGCUUCGCACCGUCGGUGUUGUCUCGGCCUUUUUCAACUUCUUCUGGACCGCCAUCCCCUUUUUCGUCUCGCUCGGAACUUUCGUUACGUACGCCUACACUAACCCAGAGCCGUUGACCGCCGAUAUCAUCUUCCCAGCUCUGGCUCUGUACCAGCUCUUGUCGUUUCCCAUCGCCAUGUUCGCUGGUAUCAUCUCGGCUCUCUUGCAGGCUCAGGUCUCGGCUGCACGACUAUCCGACUUUUUCGACGCUGGCGAGCUCGACCCUAACGCGCGCAAAGUUAUUCUGCCCGGCCAGCGUGGUCCCGUCAACCCAGAAGCACCCUCGCGUCCAGACAAUGUGCUUGAGGCGCUUAACGACGUGAACAACGAAGCGCACGAACCUGAGCAGAACGACCAAGUGGUCAUCAUUCGUGACGGAGAAUUCAAGUGGUCGCGUUCGCAACCCGUGCCCACCUUGCAAGACAUCAACCUCACCGUCAGAAAGGGGGAGCUUCUUGCUGUGCUCGGCAAGGUCGGCGACGGGAAAAGUUCGCUCUUGUCGGCUGUUCUGGGUGAGAUGGUACGCACUGAUGGCGAGGCUAUUGUCAAGGGCCGCACUGCCUACUUUUCUCAGGGUGGCUGGUGUAUGGGCGCUAGCGUGCGAGACAACAUUCUAUUUGGUCUCAAGUACGAGCCUGAAUUCUAUCAAAGGGUGGUCGAUGCUUGUGCACUCACGCCGGAUCUCAAUAUUCUGCCAGACGGUGAUCGCACCGAGGUCGGAGAGCGUGGUGUCAGUUUGUCGGGCGGACAGCGUGCUCGUAUUGCGCUGGCACGUGCCUGCUAUGCCCGAGCUGACGUCUACUUGCUCGACGACCCGCUUGCUGCUGUCGAUGCUCAUGUUGGUGCCCACAUCUUCAAGCACGUCAUCGGCCCUGAGGGCUUGCUGCGCAGCAAGGCUAGAAUUCUUACACUCAACUCGGUUGCUUGCCUUCCUCAGUGCGAUCAGAUCGUAUCGGUGCGUCGCGGAAUUAUCCUUGAUGAACGUGGAACAUACGACGAGGUCAUGGCCAAGAAGGGCGAUCUCUUCAAUCUCAUCACUGGCCUUGGCAAGCAGAACGCUCGCGAGCAGGUGGCCGAAGAAGAAGGCGAGACGCCGUCCAAGGAGCUCGAGGUGAUCGACAUGGACAAGGAACUCGACAUGCAUGGUCAGGGCGGUGAGGAAGGUCUCAAAGGCUCUAAGCUGCACCGACGCAUCAGCUCUGCUUCAAUGGUGCGGCCCAGGAUCAUGUCUAAAAGGCAGAUCAAGCAAGACACGAUCCGACAGCUGAAAGAAAGCUCGGCACCCAAGGAAAAGUCCGAGCAGGGCAGCGUCAAGCCCGAAGUGUACCGUCAAUAUAUUAAGAGCUGUAGCGUGCUCGGUGUCGUCCUGUACAUCCUUGCACAGAUCCUGUCGCAGGUUAUGACCGUCGCGCGAGACGUUGUGCUAAAGCAGUGGGGCAAGGCCAACGAGAACGGCGGCGACGACUCCAACACGCGCUUCUACCUCACCCUUUAUGGCAUUGUUGGCAUCCUGGCUUCCAUGUGCAUCUGCGUUGCACCAUUUAUCCUUUGGACCUGGCUCGUCAUUUCGAGUGCACGCAAGUUCCAUGAUGACAUGUUUGAUGCUGUGCUUCGCAGCCCAUUGCAGUGGUUCGAGACGACACCGACAGGGCGACUCUUGAACCUCUUUUCGCGCGACGUCAAUGUGAUCGAUGAAGUCCUGCCGCGCGUCAUCCACGGCCUCAUUCGAACCGUGACGGUGGUGCUUGGUGUUCUGUGUGUUGUGGCAUACUCUGUACCGCCAUUCCUCAUUGCUAUCGUUCCACUGGCAUUCGCGUACCGUGCCGUUCUCCGAUACUACCUUGCCACCAGCCGAGAGCUCAAGCGGCUCGACUCGGUCAGCAAGACGCCCAUCUUCACCUGGUUCCAAGAAUCGCUCGGUGGACUCAGUUCGAUUCGCGCUUUUGGUCAAGAAGCUCGCUUUAUUGCUACAUCAGAAGCUCGCGUGGAUCGCAACCAACAGUGCUACUUCCCCGCUGUGACGUGCAACCGUUGGCUGGCGGUGCGUAUCGAAUUGAUGGGCUCGGUCAUCAUCUUCAUUGCAUCUACCUUGGCCGUCUUUAUCCGAACCAAGAACGGAAAGAUGGACGCGGGCUUGCUCGGAUUGAUGAUGUCUCAGGCACUGAGCACGACGCAGACGCUAAACUGGGUCGUUCGAUCCGCUUCAGAGGUGGAGCAGAACAUUGUCAGCGUGGAGCGUGUCCUGUCAUACACGGACUUGGUCUCAGAAGCACCAUACGAGGUGCCUGACCAGACGCCACCCAGGGACUGGCCCAGCAAAGGAGAUGUGAGCCUGCAGUCGUACUCGACGCGCUACCGACGCGAGCUCGGGUUGGUGCUCAAGAAGCUCAAUCUAGACAUCAAGGCGGGCGAGCGCAUCGGUGUGGUCGGGAGAACAGGCGCAGGCAAGUCAAGCUUGACACUAGCUCUCUUCCGUAUCAUUGAAGCUGCCGAGGGCAAGAUUGUGAUUGAUGGAAUUGACGUUUCCAAGAUCGGUUUGAAGGAUCUUCGCUCUGCCAUUGCAAUCAUUCCGCAGGACCCCCAACUAUGGGAAGGAACGCUACGCGAAAAUUUGGAUCCCACAGGUCGUUCCGACGAUGCAGCGCUGUGGAAAGCGCUCGAACAGGCACGCAUGAAGGAACACGUUCAAAGCCUUGACGGCGCGCUGGACGCCCAGCUUACCGAGGGAGGUACCAAUUUCUCGGCUGGCCAACGCCAACUCAUCUGCAUCGCAAGGGCUUUCCUCCGCAACGCCAAGAUCUUGGUGCUGGAUGAAGCGACAAGUGCUAUCGAUCUCGAGACUGAUGCGCAGGUCCAGGCGAUCGUGCGGUCCGAGUUCAAGGGCACCACAAUCACUGUGGCACACAGGUUGAAUACCGUGAUCGACUCGACGAGGGUGCUAGUGCUUAAGGACGGCGCCGUGGCAGAGUUCGAUACGCCCGAGAAGCUGUUGGGCGACAAAAAGAGCAUUUUCUUCUCGAUGGCAUUGGAGGCUGGAUUGGCUAAGCUCGACGGGUAA